UGAUAAAUAAUGACACAGGGGAGCUUCUGUGUGUGUCAAACGCUGUUCUCACAAGAAGCGUCUCUCUACAUUGUGCACUUUGGAGCACACUUCUCUUCUCACAUCCAGUCUGUGAAUACAGAAACGCAUAGGGCCACUUUUCGUAUCUCGGGGGCGUCAGCUGGGCCUGUGUUUCAAGAGCUCUGCUUACAGUCACGGUGUCUGCCUGCCGUGCUGUGAAAGUCACCGAGUGCCCCCUUUCUGCAGCCUAGCUACGUGUGCUUUACCAAGGCAAACUCACUCUUGUUGCCACAUUCCCUUUGUGGCGGUCACUCUACGCAGGUCUGAAAUUUAAGGUCGGAAUACUAGUCCUCCCACGGACCCCGGCUACAGCUUGAAUUUCCCUGGGUAGCCAUGAACCGUUCCAGGGCUUGGCAGCGUUUAUGCAAUCAGGACAAAUCUUCAGCCUCUAACUGGUCUGCCGCCAUGCCCGAGCAGCGACACGCGGGCAGGGUACAGCUGCGCAUGCAUGUCUGUCUUUUCUGCCUCUUACAGCAUGGCGUCGAGGACACGGCAGCAGAAUGCGAAAGGCUGGGAGCCACUGUUCAAGCCUUCGUGGUGGACUGCAGCAAAAGGGAGGAAAUCUACAGCGCUGCAGAGAAGGUGAAAAAGGACAUUGGGGAUGUCUCCAUCCUGGUGAAUAACGCUGGCGUGAUUACAGCUGCCGACCUGCUCUCGACUCAGGACCACCAGAUUGAAAGAAUGUUUGAAGUCAACAUUCUUGCUCACAUCUGGACCACAAGAGCUUUUCUACCAACCAUGAUGAACAACAACCACGGUCACGUUGUCACGGUGGCUUCGGCAGCAGGUCAUUUUGUGACUUCUUUCAUGGUGGCUUACUGUUCAAGCAAGUUUGCUGCAGUUGGAUUUCACAAAGCUCUGACAGAGGAGCUGUCUACCCUGGGAAAGGACGGAAUAAAAACUACGUGUCUUUGUCCGGUUUUUAUAAACACUGGAUUUGUCAAAAACCCCAGUACGAGGCUUGGAAAGAUUUUGGAGAUUGAAGAAGUUGUAGAGGCCCUGAUGGAAGGAAUACUGACCAACCAGAAAAUGAUUUUUGUUCCAUCAAAUCAACGUGUUGCUUUACUUCUUGAAAGGUUGUUUCCAGAACGUGCCGUGGCUGUUCUGAAAAAGCUGACCAAUGCCAAGUUUGAUGCAGUCGUUGGGCAGAGAAGCACCCAGUGAAAAGCAAAAAUUGAUUCUCAUUUCCCAGUGGCACGAGUGAAAACAGAACAUGUGUGAGCAUAGUUCAGCUGGUUCAAUUCAGAGCAGAACUAAGACAGAUGCUUCCAGGCCACCAUUUCCAAGCACACCUAAGGGCUUAUCCCACACCUGCAGCAGGGACUUACCCACAUAACAUGGAAUGUUAACAAGCAGAGAUGCAGCUCUAGAAGUCUAAAGGGCUGCUUUGGCUGUAUGUCACAUCGUCUCCAUCUCCUAGUGCUGAGGCAGACAGGAAUUCCCACAAAGCCCAUCUUUGGGACAGCACAGCUGCGUACUUGAGUGCAAAGGGAUUGCCUGAGAAUAUGUUAAUCUGGACUCAUCCCUGAGCAAAGGUAUCUUGCAAGAAGCAAUUUAUAGAGGAGGUGGAUGGCCUGUUUCACCUCAAUUUUUCUCUUUAAAUUUAAAAAACGCUCUAAUGCACACUGAAUUUCAUGUGCUUUUGUAGCAACUACCUGUAAUAAUACAGGCUUAUAUGUAAUGUAAUACCUAAUUACAUCGAUUAUCAAUUAUGCAUUAGCACCAUGAACAUGCCUUAUUCCAAAUAAAUACAUUUCUUUAAC